AUGGCAACUUCUAAUGUUCUCAAUGUUGUUUUCUUUGUGCUAUUGUGUUUGGGUGUUUGUUCUGCCGCCAGGACACUCCUCACUCUAGAGGGAGGUGUCGGCUUUGGUUUAGACCAUGGCAUUGGUGGAGGUUCCGGUGGCGGCGGAGGUGGAGGUUCUGGAGGCGGGGGAGAGCAUGGUGUUGGUGGCUAUGGAGGAGGAGCUGGCGGAGGUGAAGGUGCCGGUGCAGGAUAUGGGGCUGCCGGUGGUGGCCAAGGCGGUGGUGGAGGAAGUGGUGGCGGCGGUGGAGGUGGAGCUGAAGGUGGUGGAUAUGGAGGAGGAGCUGGUAAAGGAGCUGGUGGAGGCUAUGGUGAAGGUGGAGCUAAAGGAGGUGGUUAUGCUGGUGGUGGUGGAGGUGGCAGUGGAGGAGGAGGAGGUGGUGGUGCAGGGGGUGCUGGCGGUGGUUAUGGAGGUGGGGAAGGGAGUGGAGCAGGCGGUGGAUACGGUGGAGCAAGUGGUGGAGGAUACGGAGGUGGAGGUGGGAGUGGUGGGGGAGGCGGAGGCGGUGCUGGUGGAGCACAUGGAGGCGGAAAUGGGAGCGGUGAAGGAGCUGGUGGAGGUUAUGGUGGUGGAGCAGCUGGUGGUGCCGGAGGCGGUGGUGGCUCUGGUGCUGGAGGCGGUGGCGGCGGUGGUGCUGGGGGCGCACAUGGGGGUGGAUAUGGAGCUGGUGGCGGCUCAGGUGGCGGUGGUGGAUAUGGAGCUGCUGGAGACCAUGGAGUUGUUGGCUAUGGAGGUGGUAGUGGUGGGGGACAAGGUGGUGGAGUAGGAUAUGGUGGCGGUGUUGGCCAUGGUGGUGGUGGAGGAGGAGGAGCUGGAUACGGAGCUGGGGGUGACCAUGGAGCUGGAUAUGGCGGUGGUGGUGGAAAUGGUGGUGGUGCCGGUUAUGGUAUUGGGGGAGAGCAUGGUGGUGGUUAUGGUGGAGGUGAAGGGGGUGGAGCUGGGGGAGGUUAUGGGACUGGUGGGGAACAUGGCAUUGGCUAUGGAGGUGGUGGUGGAAGUGGCGGUGGCGGUGGAGCUGGGUAUGGUGCAGGAGGAGCUCAUGGAGGUGGAUAUGGCAGUGGGGGAGGAGCAGGUGCAGGAGGAGAGCAUGGUGGUGGUUACGGUGGUGGUCAAGGAGGUGGAGCUGGGGGAGGCUAUGGUGCUGGUGGAGAGCAUGGUGGUGGUUAUGGAGGUGGUGAAGGAGGUGGAGCAGGAGGAGGCUAUGGUGCUGGUGGAGAGCAUGGCGGUGGUUAUGGAGGUGGAGCUGGUGGAGGCUAUGGUGCUGGUGGAGAACAUGGCAUUGGGUAUGGAGGAGGUGGCGGAAGUGGAGGUGGGGGUGGAGCAGGCUAUGGUGAGGGAGGAGCACACGGAGGUGGAUAUGGAAGUGGUGGGGGUGCUGGUGGAGGAGGUGGGUACGGGGCAGGCGGUGCACAUGGUGGUUAUGUUCCUUGAGAACUAGUCUAGCUCACACGACAUAUAUUGAAGUGUCCCCUUUGAUGUAACACGAAUAAGUAUGGUAUUAAUAACAGAAUCAUAAUCACAAUUAUCAAGCACGAGAUUAUCAACGCCAGAUUUAUAUAUAUGUAACAAAAUAUUUCU